GACAUGUCCUUGUAAUUCAAACAUUAUAGAUUCAUCUGUCUGAAGCUAAAAAACAAACUACUGCUUUUUUUAAGAAUGUCCUUUUAAGUAGGUAAACCAGUUUUAUAGUGUUUUUGAGUGUAUCCCACUACUGCCACCUAUUGGCAGGAUUUGCCACUGCCGAUUUAUACACAUUUCCACGCAAAUGGGCGUGUAAUCGCGGGCUUUUGUUUGAUUGGUUAAUAUGCUCACGCGCAGUAGAGAGAUUUGGCUGGAGUUUGAGUAGCAGCAGAAUGGCGGCCAUUUGACGCAGCUCCCAAUUAGGUAAGUAAAUAAUUACAAGUUUAAUGUAUUGAUUCAUAGAAAUUAGUCAUAUUUAUGUUUAUUUCUGCACUUUAGUUCGGUUGGCAGCAGUUAAAAGAUACAUGCAGUGAAGUACGAGACAUUGUGUUCAACUAAAAUGCAUGUACGUUAAUUAAAAGUUAGAAUUAUUAAGCGGCAUAUGUAUGAACAACUACGACUUCGAUUGACUGCGAUUAGUCCGCAAUUAUGAACGCGAUAUAACCUAGUUUGUUAAUGAACUAAGUUACGGCUCUGUUUAAGUUAGUAAGGUCCGCUCCAUGAAUGCAGUUAAUGGCGAUUUACUACUUAUCCCGAAGCGGCUUUACUGACGAGAUGCCCAUGAUAAUUGUGUGCAUUUAAUCGUGCAGCCCUAUCAAAAAAUACGAUGCAUUUUGUAAAAACCAAACGAAAGUAAUCGAAUGUGAGAUACGUGAUGAUAAUGACUGGGUUUUAAAGUAUGGUAUAGUUUACUCACGAUGUGGCUGAAUCCAGCUCCAUUGGCACGUUUUAAAUUGCAUUCAGUGCGUCGAGAAAUUUCCAGAGUUAGUCGUAGGUAAGUUAAAGUAUUCUGAAUUUCUUCAAAUGUCAAUUUGACAUCUUUUGAUGAAAUUGAGUUUAGAUGUUGUAAUAUAAAUCCUCCCUAAAACAAUCUUUGAACAGCAUUGUGAAACCGUGUAGUAUUUUAAUCUUUUAAUGUCAGACUUUUAUACACGUCGAUUAAACUUAACCUGGAAUUGGUUAUGCUAAUUAUUAAUAUAAUGACAAUUACACUACAAUAGAGGUGUAUAAUUUAGCAUAUUAGAUUAACAGAUUAAUUAAAACCGCGUGUACAGCUUGAAUUCCUGAAUUAAAACGAAACGAAAUGGAAUAAAAGAAUCGUAUCUUUACAUAUUUUGUGUUCUUUGCUUAGUAAAUAAGGAUUAAAAUGAAACCUUCAAGCUGAUAUGGCAUUAUAUGCAGUGUUCAGAAGAAGUUUGUGUAAAAAUAUUUUGUAAUGUGAAACAUCAUAAAAUGAAUUGUACUUUAAUCUCCAGUUAGCAUUACUGUACAAUACAGUAUUAUGGAAAAUGGGAUUAUAUUUUACUCAGUUUUGCUAAUGAAUUGCAAAGUAAGGUGGAUGGGGAUUGUUUAAAUGUUUAACAUUUAUGUAUUUGCUCAUUUUAACAUGAAUGUAUUUGCUGUGUUUUUGUUCUGUUUAUAUAUGUUAUACCUUUUAAUUGUGAAGCUAGAUGACAAAAUGGACAUAACUACAAGGCGACGCAGGCCAUGGAGACCCCAGAGGAUCAUUACUGUCACAUCUCAGAUGUCAGAAUUGCAUUUACACACAAGUUCAGAAGAGAUGAUUACAGAUGUUCGCACCACUGAGACAUUUACACCGUGUGUCCCUGAAGCAAGUUCACAUCAGAUGAUUACAGAUGUUGCCACCACUGAGACUUUUACACCGUGUGUCCCUGAAGCAAGUUCACAUCAGAUGAUUACAGAUGUUGCAGCCACUGAGACAUAUACACCGUGUGUCCCUGAAGCAAGUUCACAUCAGAUGAUUACAGAUGUUGCCACCACUGAGACAUUUACACCGUGUGUGCCUGAAGCAAGUUCACAUCAGAUGAUUACAGAUGUUGCCACAACUGAGACAUUUACACCGUGUGUCCCUGAAGCAAGUUUACAUCAGAUGAUUACAGAUGUUGCCACCACUGAGACAUUUACACUGUGUGUGCCUGAAGCAAGUUCACGACAGUGUCACAAACAUGACUUGGUUCAUGCUACCGUGUCAUGCCUGGACAAAUGCAAAAUAUGCUUGGGAUCAGGGCUGUCUGCUUUCAAGUGGAUUGGUUUCAGUUGUAAAGUUUGUUCUGGUGUAUGGCAUAAGGAUUGUCUCCAGCAGGCAGUGCCUGAGGAUAAACAUAAUUUCAGCUCAGAGGAUAAUCAAUCAGAUGAGGACAUGCAUGAAGAUGACAUGCAUAAAGAUGAUGAUUAUGUACCUGACACUGACUCGGAAUCUGAUUCGGAUAGUCCUGUGGUUGGCUCUAGUGUGUGUGCCUUUACCCAGGAUGUGCAACUUCUUCACACUCACCUGGAAAAGACUUCAGAGUCUGCUUUUGACAAAUUAAAGAAAACAGCAUCUCCCCAAAGUUAUGCUGACCUUGCAAAAUCCACUCUUGCUCGGAUUAUAAUUUUUAAUCGAAGGCGUGCUGGGGAGGUGUCCAAAAUGCGCUUGAAAAACUUCAUUGAAAGAGACAAAAGCCCCCUCCAUGCUGAUGUAUCCUUGGGAUUAACCAAGUUUGAAAAGAAGCUCUGUGAGCACUUUAGCAGGGUGGAAAUCAGGGGCAAACGUGGACGAGAAGUUGCAGUCCUCCUAACACCAUACAUGGUGGAAUCCCUGAAUCUCUUGGUCAGCAAAAGAAUGGAAUGUGGUGUGCCUGAUACCAAUAUCUUUCUCUUUGCUAGACCACAAUGUUCAACUUACUACAGCGGUCAAGUCUGCUUGAGACUUCAUGCAGAAAAGUGUGGAGCAAAAAAAACUGAAUAUCUGCGCUCAACUCAGCUCAGGAAGCAUGUUGCAACCCUUUCCCAAAUUUUAAGCCUCAAAGAGAAUGAGUUGGACCAGGUCGCUGACUUUCUAGGACACGAUAUACGUGUCCACCGUGAACACUACAGACUGCCUGAGGCGACAAUUCGGCUUGCAAAAAUCUCCAAGAUGCUAAUAGCAAUGGACAAAGGUUGUCUUGGAAACAUCCAGGGAAAGUCACUUGAUGAGAUUCAAAUUGAAGAUCAAAUCCAGUUGACUGAUACUGAAGAUGAUGCAGGAGACGAACCAGAGAAGUGACAGAGAAGUAUCAACAUCACCACAAGAGGCCUGCCAGAAUGAAGUAAUUGAAAGUGUUGAACAUCGUGGGACUGCUGAUAAGAAGAAAAGAAUGUGGUCUAAAGCUGAAGUUGCUACCGUGAUGAGACAUUUUAAAGUCCACAUAGCAAAAGGAAAUUUGGCCACAAAAUCUGAGUGUCUUUAGUGCAAAUCUGCUGAAGAGCCUGUGCUACAAAACUGGUCAGUACAAAACAUACAAUACUUUGUGAGAAACAGAGGUAUAACUGCCAAAAGGAGAAGUCGGUAUGAAAGUGCUGUUAGCACCUAAUCACCAAGCCUUCAGUGUUCAUGAAAUGUAGUUCUAUACAUUUUGAAUUGGUGUUAGUUUCUUUCCAGCCUACUUUUUUUAUCAAGAAUGUUGGAGUUUAUUAUGACGAUUUUACAACUGUUGUUGUAAAGAUUUUUGAAGAUUGUUUAGCCGUUAACUGGUUUUUAUAAUGUUGCAAGUAAAUGUUGCCCCUUGCUGUUAUCUGGUUUAUAUACACUUUUUAAGUGACUGGUUUCAAAUGAGAUAAUAGUUAUGAAAUUAAGAAAAUAGUUUUUAACUGAUUGACUACCUUAUUGGAUAUUUUUGAUUGUCUUGUCUGCAGUGAAGUGUUCAUGUCUGACAUACUUGAACUAGUAGGGCUGGGCGAUAUAUCGGAUGAGAUUGUUAUGCACAUCUCAUCAGUAAAGUCGGUUCCGUGAUUAGUAGUAAAUCGCAAUCACCUGCUUUCAGAUGGAGCCCCAUUUACUGCACAGAGCCUUGAUUCAUUGACAAACUCUGCAAUGUUGCAUUCAUUAUUGUGGACGAAUCCCCUGCGAUAUUGCUUAGCUUGUCAGUGAACUACGGCUCUGUGUAGUAAAUGGGGCUCCAUCUGAAAGCAGGUGAUUAUGAUUUACUACUAAUCACGGAACCGACUUAACUGAUGAGAUGCGCAUAACAAUCUCAUCCCUACUAUAGUAAUUGAUUAAAGUAUCUGUAUUGCUUGCAAUAUAAAAAUGUAUUGAUGUUCAAUAUGACUGUUUUAACGCUGCUGUUAUACAUUUUAAAAUAACAAAGUUAAACACUUGUGACUAUAUUUAGUCAACUGUUGUUGUCAUCUUUGACUGAGCUGUUUGCCUUUUUAAUAAAAGCGAGGUAUUGUUACUUUAUUACCAAAGAUUGUGUUUCAUUGCAAGUUUUCAAUACCUAGUAUAGUAAAUUUUUAAAUAAGAUGAGGAGUCCGUUACAUGCUUCUAACACUAGUCUUAAUCCAAUUAAUAACUUAUACUACUACUACUGUAUAGGGUUGGGUAUCAUUUAAAUUGUAUCGGUUCAGAUAAGUAUUACAAUUUUGCUUAUUUAUUCAGAUUCUUUUUAAUUCCCUUUUGAUUUACAGUUUUCAGGUGUUAAGACUAAUCUUGCCAAUUAUUUGUCAUUUCUAAAGAAUACCAAAAUGUUUUCUUGGGAAAGUCUGCAUAUUUAUUAGACUUCAAAACGUUGCAUUGGUGUGUGUUAUCAGAACAGACUUUGGCUGCGAAGAGCAUCAAAUUGUGUACUCCUCUAAAUCAAUAUGGUAAACAUGCAGAUUCUUUGUCAUUUUGGUGGUAACAGCUACAGUAUUACAGUUGUCCACAAAAUGUGAUAUUAUUGUGCUACUCCCUCGAAAGUUUACAUCCAGGAGCUCUUAUUUUUUAAAGGGAUUAUGGCAUGGGGAUAAUCACUUGCAAUUGGGACUCACAGACUCGUUCACGAGCUAGAGAACUUGAGACGCACGGAAAGUGCGCUUGAGCGCUCCUGCAAAAUGCGAGCCAUUAGGAGUGCAUAAAGAGCGCACAAAAUGCUAACUUUCCACAGAAAACUAUUC